AUGGAUGAUGCUGCCGUACUCAAGCGGCGAGGCUACAUCGUGGGGAUAAAUUUGGGAGAGGGCUCAUACGCAAAAGUCAAAUCCGCUUAUUCUGAGCGCCUCAAGAUCAACGUGGCGAUCAAAAUCAUCGACCGCAAGAAAGCCCCCGCCGACUUCUUGGAGAAAUUCCUUCCCCGGGAAAUUGAGAUUCUGGCCAUGCUAAACCACAGCUCCAUCAUCAAGACCUACGAGAUAUUCGAGACGUCCGAUGGCAAAGUGUACAUCGUCAUGGAGCUCGGUGUCCAGGGUGAUCUCCUUGAGUUCAUCAAGACCCGGGGAGCCUUGCAUGAAGAGGAUGCUCGCAAGAAGUUCCACCAACUUUCCUCAGCCAUCAAGUACUGCCAUGAUCUAGAUGUUGUCCACCGAGACCUCAAGUGUGAGAACCUUCUCCUUGACAAGGACUUCAACAUCAAGCUGUCGGACUUUGGCUUUGCCAAGCGCUGCCUGCGGGAUGAGAGUGGCCGGCUGACAUUGAGCAAGACUUUCUGUGGGUCUGCGGCCUAUGCGGCCCCAGAGGUGCUGCAGGGCAUCCCCUACCAGCCCAAGGUAUAUGACAUCUGGAGCUUGGGUGUGAUUCUCUACAUCAUGGUCUGUGGCUCCAUGCCCUACGAUGACUCCAACAUCAAGAAGAUGCUGCGCAUCCAGAAGGAGCAUCGCGUGAAUUUUCCCCGCUCCAAGCACCUGACGGGUGAGUGCAAGGACCUCAUCUACCGCAUGCUCCAGCCAGAUGUCAACCGGCGGCUGCAAAUUGACGAGAUCCUCAGCCACUGCUGGGUGCAGCCCAAGACACGGGGCCUGUCCUCUGUAAACAUCAGCAAGGAGGGAGAGACUUCCCGAGGUGCUGAAUCCUGGACCUCUGAACAACCUGGAACUGAAAAUAAGUCUGCUUCCAAGAUGGACACCGAGGAAGAGCCAAAGCCCGCAACACCUUCUGAAACCAAAGCCCAAGAGCCUACAUCAUCAAAGCAUACUGAAGUCUUAGUUCCUGCUGCUGACCAGCGUCCAAGCAAGGAGAAAGAGGAAGGGGUUACUCCCAUGCAGCCUCCAGAGACACACUCCUAG